AUGAACAGCUCUCCUUCUCUUGAGUUUAGCGACAAGAAUGAGUUUGCCAAGUGGGUUGUGGAAAAGGUUGUCACCCAUCUCGUGCGAUUUCGCGGUGAUGCCACUGCGUUUCGAGAAGAGCUGCUCAAGUUUGGAGGGCGAUGGCCCACAGCCCUGUUGAGAAAGCUCGAAGAAACGCAUCGAGAAAGCAUGGACAAGGCGCACCAGCGGUCAAAGGACGAGCUUACCGAGCGAGUCUCGACGCUGCGAACACAACUCGCAUUGAUCGCUGACUCGUUAUUUUCUGUCAACGCCCAAGCGAAGUCGGGCAAGCGAUACACGGCGGUACAAACGCUCAGAGCAUUCGUUGACGAGCUCCAGCAAAACAACUCGCUGUGGACCAAAAUUGAUCUACACACCAAGUUCACCUUAGCACUGCCGUUGCGCAAGAAACCGGAAAUGCGGCAGCUUCUUCACCUGCUUGGACAGGAUAUGAAAUCAGUGUGGCGUGAUGCUGCAGCGCGAGUGUUUGCACUAAUGCAAGCAGAGCUUGGGGAUACCGAAGUGGAGGGUGGUUCGCCGACGUUUGAAGAGUCAUACGCGCGAGCCCGUGAUCGCAUCAUCUCGAAGGAGUUUCGAGUACUGUUGACGCAUUGGAGUUGCCGAAAAUCAGCGCACCGGCUUACGAUCAUCAGUCCUGUGACGCGGAACGGACGAGUGCAUUGCCAAGUGGAAGAGACGACGUCGAAGAAGUUCACGAGGUCGGAUUAUACGCGGGACAGACCUGCGUUUGACGCACGUUCGACCAGAACGGUGCGAACUGCGUGCAACGACAGCACGUGGUCCGACGGAGUACCUGACGGUCGACCCGCUCAUUUCGGUAUCGAUCGAUCGCUACUGUUUGCUACAAAGUUCCACGACCGUGACGAUGAUUUCUCCACUGGUAGAUACAUACCACGGCGGUACGACUUCUCGUACUGA